CAUGGCCUUAUCCCUUGCCAACUUUUCUCGGUGACAGCCCCACUUCACCGUCACGAUGUCCUUCCCCUCGCCACCUUGCCUAUAAAUUCAGUAAGCUGCUGGCUCAAUAUCAUCACUUCUUCAGCUCAUCCGCCAACUGAGAAUUGCAACAUCCAUAGCUCACUCCUUGAAAACCAAGAACCAGCCAUGGCCGGUGCCAAGAGACUUGCUCAAUUGGCAAAGAAGUGGCAGAGGGUGGAAGCACUCGGGAGGAAGAGGCUCGCCGUCUCAGCCAAAGAAGAUCAAGACUGCUGCAGUUCUGUACCAGCCAAGGGCCAUUGUGUUAUGUACACAGCCGAUGGGAGGCGUUUCGAGGUACCCCUGGUGUACCUCAGCACCACGGUCCUCAGCGAGCUCCUGAGGAUGUCGCAGGAGGAGUUUGGCUUUGCAAGAGAUGCCAAGAUCACACUGCCGUGUGAUGCUGCGGUGAUGGAGUAUGUAAUGUGCUUGCUCAGGAGAAAUGCCUCCGCCGAGGUCGAGACUGCAUUGCUCAGCUCUAUGGUGACGUCUUGCCACUACACUGGCUGUGCGAUGCCUACUAUUGGAGCCAGCCAACAGAUUUGCUGUUUGUAGCUUCUGAAGAACAUGCGUGCAGAGGCCCUGAUGAUGUCCUCUGUUUUGUGUAGUUUG